AUGACUAUUUUACCGAAGUCGAAGAAGCCUCAUGCUAAAUCGGACCACAGGGAGCGAGCUGAAAGGUAAUAACUUAUGUUUUUUUGAACUUUAGGUUGUUUGGGAAGGUGAAGAAAAAGGAUAAACUUCACAACUAUAAGUAUACCUAAAAAAAUAGACGGCAAUUGUUCACAAAAAUGUGUUUUAGACGUUGUCAACCAAACGCAACUCACCACGAGCGACAUUAUGUCAAACCCCAUCCCCCACCCAGUGUGUCAGCACAAUUGCCAAGUGUGAACUUGCCAAAAGCUUUCGGUGGAGCCAAAACUGCUCCACGUCGGACUGAUGGCCAUCCACAGAAGGUUCAAAUUAGAAAACGUUUAGAUGAAAAACCAGUGAAUGAAGCUCCGAACAGUGAUGAUGAAUAUGGUGGAGGAUUCGAGGAUCUGGAGCUGGAAUUGGCAUUUGUGGAGAGGAUGAAGGCCGUCAAAGGAUAUGUGGUCAAGGAAGUUAAGGGUGAUGGCGCGUGCAUGUUCAGAGCUGUUGGUGUGUUUUUAGCUUUGUUUUUUUGUAUUUUUAGGUAUAUUAUGGAUGAAAAGUGCUGCUUUAAUGGAUUUUAAGGCUUAUUUUAUCUAAAUUUAGGCUUUUAAAAUAGUUUUUGAUUUUAAAAUAAGAUAGACAAUACAACUUAAUUUUCCAGCUGAUCAAAUCUACGGAGAUCAAGAAAUGCACCGUGAAGUCAGAAGAUUGUGUAUGGACUAUGUGGCCAAGAACCGUGAUCACUUUUCUCAGUUUAUCACGGAAGAUUUUAACGAUUAUUUGACGAGAAAACGUCUGGAUGCUGUUCAUGGUAACCAUGUCGAACUUCAGGCCAUGUCUGAAAUCUUUCUACGGCCAAUUGAAGUCUAUGAAUACAGUACAGAUCCGAUCAAUACUUUCCAUCCCAUCUCAAGAGAAGCCAACACUGGUGUCGAGAAUCCGGCCAUCAGGUUGUCGUAUCAUGGAAGUGUUCAUUAUAACUCUGGUAGGGAAUUGAUUCUUAUAUUUAAAUUUGGGUUUUAAAGUAUUUUUUGUCUACUGUAAUAUGUACGGUAUAUAAUAUUUUUUUCAGUCGUAGACCCCUUCAACCCCACCAUCGGCGUCGGCCUAGGCCUCCCAGAAUACCAACCCGGCCUAGCCGACCACAACCUUCUCAAAGAAGCGACACAAGCCUCGGAACGUCAACUCAUUGAAGACGCCAUGCUGAAGGACAAGAUGAAAAUGACAGAUUGGGAACGCACCGAAGAGGAGCUAAGCCGACAAAUCGCGUCGGAAAGCUACAUGGACUAUUUGAAAGCCGUUGAAGGGAAAAAAAGACGUGGUAAAAGCCCAGAAAUCUCACGAAAAAAAUCAAAAACCUCAUACGCCGCGGCCAAGAACCACCAGGCAACAAUCACCUCAGGAAGAACGUACUUUUCAUGGAUUGAAGACGACGUUGGGAGGGAAGAGAGGGGCUUCUUCACCUAA